AAUUCACUCCUAAAAAUUGGUACAUUACAAACGCGUUCCAUUCCCUUGCCGUCAACCCAGAUGAUGCAGCAUCAUCAGUGACCUCUCUUCCGAGGUAUCAACCAUGCAGAGAACAGCUUUUACUUUACCAAUCUAGACCAACCCUUUUCACAUAGCAUUGUUUCUUCACCUGGGUCGGAUCUAUAUUGUUGAAAUUGGCAUCAUGGAGGACGAUAAAUACUCUCUGGAAUUGAAUGUGGCCGUGAGGGUGGUGCAUAUGGCAUGCUCACUCUGUCAAAAAGUCCAAAAAGGAUUGCUUUCUUCUACAUCCUUCGUUCAAUUCAAGUCUAAAGAGGAUAAUUCCCCUGUCACUAUCGCUGAUUGGAGUGUACAAGCCAUGGUAAGCUGGAUCUUGUCAGAAAUAUUUGGGAGCCAGAACAUCUCCAUAGUUGCUGAAGAAGAUGUUCAAACUCUUUCAAAGCCUGAAUCAGCAGGUCUGUUGGAAAUGGUUGUCAACACCGUGAAUGAAUGCCUAAGUGAAGCACCCAGAUUUGGUCUUAAAAGCCCAGCUCAAGCUCUUGGGCCUUCACAAGUUCUUGAGGCAAUUGGCAGGUGCAAUGCAGCCGGAGGUCCUCUUGGUAAGCAUUGGGUCCUUGAUCCUAUCGAUGGAACGCUAGGAUUUUUGCGUGGGAGCCAGUAUGCUAUUGCUCUUGCCUUGAUUGAUAAUGCAGAAGUUGUUAUUGGAGUUCUUGGGUGCCCUAAUUACCCAGCUAAAAGAAACUGGCUUGUUAAACACGAGCAACAAAGUCAUGCCGUGCCAGAAUUGUCAGUGACUAACCCUGGUAUAUGGGAAGAAGGGUGUAUCUUGUACACAAGGACAGGUAGUGGUGAAGCUUGGAUGCAGCCACUUGUCCAGGGUGAUAAAAAGCUUGUCUGGCCAAAUUCUGCAAGAUUAGUGCGAGUUUCUUCUAUUCAGGAUCCAGCACUGGCUACUUUCUGUGAGCCUGUGGAAGAAGCUAAUUCAAAUCAUUCCUUCACAGCCGGACUUGCUCAAGCCGUUGGGCUAAGAAAGAAGCCGCUCCGUGUUCAUAGCAUGGUGAAAUAUGCAGCAAUAGCUCGGGGAGAUGCUGAGAUUUUUAUGAAGUUUGCCAGAGCGGGCUACAAGGAGAAGAUAUGGGAUCAUGCUGCUGGUGUUCUCCUUGUACAGGAGGCUGGUGGUGUGGUAACUGAUGCAGGAGGGCGGCCACUGGACUUUUCGAAGGGAAUGUACCUUGAAGGGCUUGAUAGGGGUAUAGUCGCUUGCUCCGGUGUAAAGCUGCAUGAAAAAAUUAUUGGGGCUGUUUAUGCUAGCUGGGACUCAUCUAAUCUAUGACCGAUAGUCAUUUUGUCCACCAUCGCAAAUAAGCUUAGUCAUACUGAAUCAAUGCUGAGCGGCAUGGUUCACCAAAUCAAAUGUACAUCUGGAUGCAGCCAGCUUGAAGAUGGCUUCACCUGGCAAAAAAUUUGUCAGAGUUUAUCUUAGCGUGUUUGCUAGUAUAAGAGCUCUUUGUUUUUCUUGAGCAGUGGCAAGUACAAUAUCUCCCUGAAUCACCCUGUCCAUGAGAAGGAAGAGAGUAUGCAAGCUUUUGGCAAGCAACGUUUUGCUUUCUCCCACUGGAAUCCGGACUAAAUUUCUUACACAGUUUUGGACAACAAUUAUUGGCAACCCUGUGAGGCUAUGAUGUAUUUUGAUUGUUAAACUCUUGAUGCAAGUCAUGUCUGGACAAUCGAUUCUUGAUUUGCAGUCUUUGCUGCUCUUCCUCUGUCUCUCUCUGUCCAUUUCGACAAGAUUUGUGAGCUUCUCUGUACUGUUGCAGUUUUGUGUCAUUCAUGACACUUCUCAUCAUAUAAUUGCUGUUACCAGAAAUCCACAGAUUCUUGUGAAUGUUGAAA